GCCAUCGAGCUCGCCGCAACUCCAGCCUCCAGGCCUCCAACGUCGAGGCGAUCGACCGGUCUGACCCAUUCUUAUUCAUCUCCAUGGCAUGGAGGAAGAAGAACGGCGGCGAGUCGUCGUUGUCGCCCGGCGCCUCGCCGUGCCGCGACGACGAGCGGGAGAAGGUCCCUAGAGGGCACGUCCCGAUGGUCACCGGCUGCGGCGAGCGGGUGGUGGUGCCGGUGAGGCUGCUCCGGGACCCUCGCAUCGCGGAGCUCCUCGACAUGGCGGCGCAGCAGUACGGCUACGGCCAGCCGGGCGUACUGCGGAUCCCGUGCGACGUCGGACAUUUCCACCGGGUCGUCGACGGCGCGCUGCACAGGGCUGACUAGCCGCCCGGCGUACGUCAGUAGAGCAUGUGUGAAACUGUGAAUACAUAUGCAGCAGUGCCAGUGUAGAAGAGUAUA